UCGCCGUGCUUCGUCACACCCAUUUGCCCCAUCACGUCCUCCGCCCCCCCCCCCCACCUAUCAUAACCCCGAGAAUUGCUUGCCUCUGCUGAGCUCUUAGAGAAUUGCUGGAGGCUGCAGUCCGCUUCCCGCCUCAAAGGCGAGAUUUGAAGGCCUUGUGGAGGCUAGUUUCACCCUAAGUCCUAGUCGUGAGAGUCCCCUACGCUGCACUGAAACGGCUUGUUGAGAGCUUUUUGUCAGUGUAAAAUUUCCUGGGCGGACGUUGAGCGUAAGGACUUAAGCUGGCGUCGAGUGCAAGGGUCGUUAACUUUUAUCGUGUUGUUCCGUCCAUCUGUACCAUUCAUUCUGCUCGUCACUUGCUUCAAAGGAAUCUGCCACAGAGAUACCUGCCUUGCGGAAGCCAAACGUUCAUAGCGACGUUUCUUCUUCAUCCGUUAUCUCGUGUACUGUCGGUUCCGUUUAGCCGCUAGUCAGCAUGGACGACGCGACAUUGGACGACAUUAUUGCUCGUCUCCUGGACGUUAGGAACGGUAGACCGGGCAAGCAGGUGCAGCUGACAGAAGCGGAGAUCCGGAGUCUCUGCACGACGUCACGAGACAUCUUCUUGCAACAACCCAAUCUGCUCGAGCUGGAGGCUCCCAUCAAAAUUUGCGGUGAUAUUCAUGGCCAGUACUCAGACCUCCUGCGUCUCUUUGAGUACGGUGGAUUUCCGCCUGAGGCGAAUUACCUGUUCCUGGGAGACUAUGUGGACCGUGGAAAGCAGAGCAUGGAGACGAUCUGCCUGCUGCUAGCGUAUAAAAUCAAGUACCCGGAGAAUUUUUUCCUUUUGCGUGGGAAUCACGAGUGUGCGUCCAUUAACCGCAUUUACGGCUUCUAUGACGAGUGCAAACGCCGGUAUAACAUCCGCCUCUGGAAGACUUUCACAGAAUGCUUCAACUGCCUCCCUGUGGCUGCUCUCAUAGAUGAGAAAAUCCUAUGCAUGCAUGGAGGGCUCUCACCAGACCUGCGCUCACUGGAGCAGAUAAAGAAGAUUGGUCGCCCCACAGAUGUUCCGGAUGCAGGGCUGCUGUGUGACUUAUUGUGGGCAGACCCGGAUAAAGACAUUCAGGGAUGGGGGGAUAAUGACAGGGGUGUGUCGUACACGUUUGGAGGAGACACGGUCACAGAAUUUCUUGACAAACACGACCUUGACCUCGUGUGUCGGGCGCACCAGGUGGUGGAAGAUGGCUAUGAGUUCUUUGCUAAGCGGCAGCUGGUCACAGUGUUCUCAGCACCCAAUUACUGUGGGGAGUUUGACAAUGCAGGGGCCAUGAUGAGUGUGGAUGAGAGCCUCAUGUGCUCCUUCCAAAUUCUGAAACCUGCUGAGAAGAAGCCCAAAUUUGGGUAUGGUUCAGCAGGAGCGGGUCGUGGGACGCCACAAAGGGGGGCAAGGAGAUGAGGUUUUGGAAGGAGGAUGCUACAUAAAGAUCUAUUGCCCGUUGGUUUAUAGAAAUGUCCCUGAAUAUUUUGUGUGGUUGGCAAACUAGGGUGGUGGUGGGAUACCUGCAGUGAUCGAAGAUAUGUUGUGUUGCAUUGUAUUGUUUCUGUGAACGGAAUUUGCAACACUCCUGCCGUUUGACAGGACGUUGAUGCAGUAGGGGCUGUGGACUUAGAGAGUUGCCUGUUCCUCCCAGGUUGCAUAUUGGCCCCUGCAUUGUCGGGGCGUGAGCUGGUUGGUUUUUUU